GCACUUAAGAACCAUGAAGGACCCCGUCAUCAGAACCGCUUCUCCCUACAUUGAUCCCUCCGUCAAAGGCCCUCGUAGCAAGCUCCAAGCCGCCUCUGGACCCUCCUCGUUAUCCGCAAACAUGAUUGUCAACUCGGUCAACAAGACGGGCCUCCACCCCGGUGGUGUUGCUCCACACAUUGAGCAUACCGAGCUCGAGGAGGAGCUCCACGAGAAGGCUCACAUCGACUAUGACACCGUUGCCAUUAUCCCCAACCCCUCAGUUGCUGCCCUUUACGAAGAUGCGCUAGUCUAUGAAGCCGGCACUGCCAUCACAUCCAGCGGCGCACUAAGCGCUUACUCGGGAAAGAAAACCGGCCGGUCACCGUUAGACAAGCGCAUCGUCAAAGAACCGACAUCCGAGAAGGACAUCUGGUGGGGUCCAGUCAACAAACCCAUGACGCCCGAGGUCUGGAAGAUCAACCGUGAGCGUGCAAUCGACUACCUCAAUACGCGCAACCGCAUCUAUGUGGUUGAUGGAUAUGCCGGCUGGGACGAGAAGUACCGCAUCAAGGUGCGCGUCGUCUGCGCGCGCGCUUAUCACGCCCUCUUCAUGCGCAACAUGCUCAUCCGCCCGCCCCGUGAGGAGCUCGAGCACUUCCAUCCCGAUUACACCAUCUACAAUGCCGGCUCCUUCCCGGCUAACCGAUACACCGAGGGUAUGACGUCGGGUACUUCGGUCGCCAUCAACUUUGCCGAGAAGGAAAUGGUCAUUCUCGGGACAGAGUAUGCCGGUGAGAUGAAGAAGGGCAUUUUCACUGUCAUGUUUUACGAGGGCCCCAUCAAGCACAACAUCUUGACGCUGCACUCGUCCGCCAAUGAGGGCAAGAAUGGCGAUGUGACGUUGUUCUUUGGUCUGUCCGGCACCGGCAAGACGACUCUGUCGGCUGACCCCAACCGGGCCCUGAUCGGCGACGACGAGCACUGCUGGAGCGACCGCGGUGUGUUCAACAUUGAGGGCGGCUGCUAUGCGAAGACCAUUGGCCUCUCAGCCGAGAAGGAACCUGACAUUUUCAAUGCCAUCCGCUUCGGCUCAGUCCUCGAGAACGUCGUCUUUGACCAGGAGACCCGUGUCGUCGACUAUGACGACUCAACCCUGACCGAGAAUACUCGGUGCGCGUACCCGAUCGAGUACAUCAGCAACGCCAAGAUCCCGUGCAUUUCCAACAACCACCCGUCCAACAUCAUCCUCCUCACCUGUGACGCCCGGGGUGUCCUGCCGCCAAUUUCCAAGCUCAACAGCGCGCAGACCAUGUUCCACUUCAUCAGCGGUUACACGUCCAAGAUGGCUGGUACCGAAGAUGGUGUCCUCGAGCCCCAGGCGACCUUCUCAUCAUGCUUCGCCCAGCCUUUCUUGGCGCUGCAUCCCAUGCGCUACGCAAAGAUGCUCGCCGACAAGAUCGAGCAUCACAACGCCAACGCCUGGCUACUCAACACCGGUUGGGUCGGCGCCGGUUUUGCCCAGGGCGGCAAGCGCUGCCCACUGAAAUACACCCGCGCCAUCCUCGACGCCAUCCACAGCGGCGAGCUGGCCAAGGUUGAGUACGAAAACUAUGAAGUCUUCAAUCUCCAGGUCCCCAAGACAUGCCCCGGUGUGCCGGCCGAGCUUCUCAACCCCAAGACUGCUUGGACUGCUGGCGCCGAGAGCUUCAAGAACGAGGUUACCAAGCUUGGCAAGCUUUUCCUCGAGAACUUCAAGAAGUACGAGAGCGAGGCCACCGAGGACGUCAUCAAGGCCGGCCCAGUUGUCUAAGCGUUGCCUUUAGUCCCGUGUCCUUUUUCCUUCAUGGUAUAGACUUUGACAGCAGCAUCGGAUUCGGCGUACACUCUGUUUUGAUUCGGUUUCCGCUUUGAGCAAAGCGGCGGGAUACACAUUGGCUUUCUGGAAGGAACCACACGGCUUGACUUUUCGCUGUGUUACGCAGCACUGCUUCAAAAGUGCCUGCAAUGUUGUACGGCAUCACUGUUGGUUUGGUUGCCGCUGACUCGGGCGGCAAUGGUAUGGGCAUAUAUAUUAUGUGAUUUGGGCGGAAUACGGGUUUGUAAAAGCCAGUCUCUGCUGGUUGAAUGCUAUCUAGCAAUGGGAGUACAGUUACCAACGAAUCGAGUUUGACUUUAAGAAUCCG